GCAUAAAUUAUGAUUGUCAUGCAAGUUUACAAGUAUUUGGAACAUUACUAUAAAUUAAAUUAAAAAAUAGGCCGCUUCCUCCUGUCUAAAGUGAUUACAAUCGAAUUUCAAAUUUGCCGCCAUAACCUCGGAGCGUACGUGUGUGAAAUGUUUUCAUAUUUCGAUUAAUUAUGGCGGACUGUGGCUGAGCGAAGUUCAUUUUACCAUCCGGAGUGCAAAUAAUUCGUUGAAACGUUAAUGUGCUUCGAUAAAUAAGUGCAGAGGCGGUCGGGGAGUAUCGGGUGGGCGGCGUUCGGCGAUGGCAGAGAACAGGGGUUCGGUAGACGUCGUUAUGCCGGACAUUACCGAAGUGACCGAGCCCGAUCCGCUGGCGGCGGCGAGCGAGCGCGAAGUCGAGAGGCUGGAGCGCGACGGCGGCGCGCUCAAAGCGGCCCGUCUCGCCGAUUCCAACGGCGUGGUGACCGUGCCCGUGUCCCUUCCAGUCGGGACUCUCAUAACGGGAACGACCUUCAAUGUGAUCACAUCUGACCAGCUGCCGGGGCAUUUUAAGCCGAUGCUCUGCGUGGACAACGGCUUCAUAUCAGGCGGGCCGGUGAGCGAGGAUAUAAAAGCGACACAUAUAGUGAUACAGAACCCGCCGUCGCCGCGGCACGAUGAGGGUUCCCAGGCGCCAGCGCGAGCGAGCGCGCGUUCGUGGGCAGAGACGGCGAACAUGCCCAUUCUGCCGGUGCGGUGUAAAAAUACGUCUGCAGAGUUGCACAAACAGCGGUUCGGUUCGGGCGGCCGCGGGAGGUGUAUUAAGUACGGACUGGAGUGGUACACGCCGAGCGAGUUCGAGGCGCUGUGCGGGCGGGCGUCGAGCAAGGACUGGAAGCGCUCGAUAAGGUUCGGCGGGAGGAGCAUCCAGGCGCUGAUAGAUGAGGGCGUGCUGACGCCGCAUGCCACCAGCUGCACCUGCGGCGCGUGCUGCGACGAUCAGUCUGCCAUGGGCCCAGUCCGCCUCUUCACACCCUACAAGCGACGGAGACGCAACCAAGAAGAGGGCACCGAGAAGAAGCCCAAGAUAAAGCGAGACAGUAGUCUCGGGGACAGCGACAUGGACAACAUACACAACACUAGCAACAACAGCCACUCGAAGGAGGCAUGGCAGACCAUAGCGGAGGGAUUGGAGAGCAAUGCGGACUAUCAUCUGCUGGAGGCGCCGGACACGAGCAACGAUCCUACUGCCAGUCUCCCAGACAUGAGCGGAGUGCUAAAGCGUCUCGACGACAUCGGAGCGACACUGUCACGACUAGCCACCGAAUUGAAGCAGUGUGUGGAAGACGUCAGGGGAGUAUCCGCUCGGCAGCUUGCGAGGAUAGAACAGGAGAGGGCGGGGGCGUUGUUACACGCGGUGGAACAUGCCGAUGCGGCGCUGCAUAGCGCUGAUGACGCUGAGUCUAAGAAGUGUGCAAACUGUAAUCGCGAGGCGUCAGCAGAGUGCUCUCUCUGCCGCCGCACACCUUACUGCUCCACCUACUGCCAGAAGAAAGACUGGGCGUCCCACCAGAUUGAGUGUCUCCGCUCCGUGCCCACCAUCCACGACCAGCACCAGUCCAUCAUGCUCAUCGUGGAGAGCCAGCACCAAUAGCGUGGUGGGUCUAAUGAGAGGCUUCGCCCGACUGUCCUACGACGGAGAUGACAAAGCCCGACCCCGCCAGAAUAGGGGCUUCACUACAAGCCCUAACAACACAGUGACUUCUGUCAGAAUACGGACACUUAUACCGCUACUGGACCUAAACUCCUGCCAGAAUUGGGUCUCACAAGCCCUAACAACACAGUGACUUCUGUCUAAAUACAGACAUUUAUACCGCUACCAGACCUAAACUGCCAGAAUAGGGGCUUCAAUACAAGCCCUAACAACACAGGGACUUUUGUCUGAAUACGGACAUUUAUACCGCUACCAGACCUAAAUUCCUGCCAGAAUAGGGGCUUCAGUAACAACACAGUGACUUCUGUCUAAAUACAGACAUUUAUACCGCUACCAGACCUAAACUUCGCCAAAAUAGGGGCUUCACUACAAGCCCUAACAACACAGUGACUUUUGUCUGAAUACGGAUAUUUAUACCGCUACCAGACCUAAACUUCGCCAAAAUAGGGCCUUCAAUACAAGCCCUAACAACACAGUGACUUUUGUCUGAAUACGGACAUUUAUACCGCUACCAGACCUAAACUUCGCCAAAAUAGGGCCUUCAAUACAAGCCCUAACAACACAGUGACUUUUGUCUGAAUACGGACAUUUAUACCGCUACCAGACCUAAACUUCGCCAAAAUAGGGGCUUCACUACAAGCCCUAACAACACAGUGACUUUUGUCUGAAUACGGACAUUUAUACCGCUACCAGACCUAAACUCCUGCCAGAAUAGGGGCAUCACUAACAACACAGUGACUUCUGUCAGAAUACGGACAUUUGUACUGCUACCAGACCUAAACCCCUGCCAGAAUAGGGGCUUCACUAACAACACACAGUGACUUCUGACAGAAUACGGACAUUUAUACGGCUACCCGGCCUAAACUCCUGCCAGAAUAGGGGCUUCAAUACAAACCCUAAAAACUUACAGUAAAUUAUAACCUGAAAUACUAAAGAAAAAGAUAUCAGAGUCUACCGUCACCCGGCCACGUGACAGUUCAUAAUUUGUGACGUUUUCAACCAAAAGGUACCCCAUUGUCGGUUGUCGAUAAGGUUGAUUUUAACUCAAUUUGAAAUAACGCCUUAUUGACACGUCGGUUGUCAAUAAGGCGUUAUAAGUACCCUUUUGGUCGAAAAUGGCACAUUUAUUUAAACUUUUAAAAUAAUGUGACUAGAGUUAGACCAAGAUAAGUCUGCAAUGAUUUAGAUAGCACACGCAGUCGCAGAAUAAAUAAAUAUUAUAGGACAUUCUUACACAGAUUGACUAAGUCCCACAGUAAGCUCAAGAAGGCUUGUGUUGUGGGUACUUAGACAACGAUAUAUAUAAUAUACAAAUACAUAAAUACAGGCAGGGUCACUACCCACUAGGCCAGACCGGUCGUCAAGAAGAAUAUAUAAUAGUAAAUAUUAGGUACAGAAGAUGCACUCCCUAACAAAUCGCGACUACUACGCGCAAGGCGGCGCAAGCGCGUGCAGGCGUCCGUUCCAUAGCGGUGUGCGGCAAUUACUACGGCAACACCUCAAAAUUGAGGCGGCCGCAGGUACUUGUAGCGACGCGACGAAAUCGCGGAGUGAUACACGCCUGACGCAAAAAUAACGCACUGCUAUAUCAAAAUCGUUGCAGACUUGUCUUGGUCUGACUACUUAAAAACACACAAAUCGAAAAAUAUUUUAUAAAAUAAUUCGUUUUGUUCCCUACUUGUAAGUUGCUGUAAGUUCGACCACUGACUACACAGACAAGUGUCUACAAAGAGGUCACCACACAUAGGUGCAAUUUUACUUGUAAGGGGGCAUCUAUUAAUCACGUCAUACGAAGCAAGGGUGGGGUGGAUCUGAAAAAAAUCACUAAAUCAACUCGGCCAAAAACGUAUGACGUGAUUAAUGGAUGUCCCCUAAUAUACUACUAUUCGAGCAGCACUAUUGAAUAGUAUUAUACACCAUUUUAUACUAUAACACCCCUAAAGCCAAAAUUGUAUUAGUAUUUUAUACAGUCGUGAUAUAAUAGAGAGCUUUUCAGUCGCGUACCGUGUUUAGGCAACGAAGCUUGCUGAGUUGCCUAAGUAAGGUACGAGAUUGAAAAGCUUGAUUAUAUCACUAUUGUAUACAAUACUUUUUCUACGAGUCAUCUAAAAUAAUACUUUUUUUACUAUACCUAAAUAAUUAAUGAAAAUUGGUAAGUAAAUGUUGUACAAAAAACUAUUGAAAUGAAAUGAAAUGUAUUUAUUUGUAAGAAUAUGGAAAUGAAAUGAAAUUUAUUAAUUUGUCGCCCGUUUAGCCUUUUCUAUGGGAGCGCGCCGGCACGUCUGAUUGGUCAUUUUUUAUAGUUGACUACAGCGUAUCUAAAUGAAUAUUAUAGUUGAGUUGGGAGCACAUACAUGAAAAGUACGCAAUUAUAGUUUGGUAUACGAAAUCUUAAUUCAACCAUAACAGUCGACGAUUAAAACCACUUUAUUUGUAAAACUUGUAAAGCCCGACCAGAAAUAUAUGAUCAUUGUCAAGAGGGCGCUGUUAUUCUCAUGUAUGUGGUGACAGUUCAGUUUAGUAUGAAAAAUUUAGUUCCAAUGAAAUUCCGCAAUAUGGCGCGUGAUCAU